CAAUCUCCUCACUUAUCAGUCAGAACUUCACUCAUGCGCUCUCUCCAGCUCUGACUUCCCUAGAUCACUCCUUUUAUAGCCUCCGUGUUUCAUUACACUAGACCAGAAUUCUGUGGACUGGUCAUAACAAAACGCUUAUCGGGUUUCUCAAGGAAGGAGUGUGAGCACCUGGAGGCUGAAGACCAAUCCAGGGAUUGUUUUUCUCUCUCGCCUUCUAACUGAGAACAGGCUUAGUCCUGCCGACUCGGGAAAGCUAAACCGCUUGGAACUUUCUACAGGUUAAAAAGUGAGAGGAAUGAGGGCGAGCCAUUGGCUGUUGAGCCACUGGGCGUUCCUGUGGGCAUGUCUCCUGGCUGGGGGCAGAGCCUGCCCCAUGGGCCCUGUCCUACGCGACCUGAACAGCAGCCACUACCAGCCGGCCCCCAAGCCGGAUGAGGGCGUUGGCUUCAUUUCUGGAUUUGUCCAGUCAUUCCUUGGCACGGUUCAGCCAAAUCCUUUCCCCAAAGAAUUGUUGCUUGAAUUGAUAAAUGAUGCCAAUGCCGUCUCCAUGCAGGAAACUGUCAAAAAGGUGCUGAGCUAUGAAGUGGGCUUCCUGGUCUGCGCAGCCAUCGGGAUCCUCUACAUCGUCCUCAUGCCCCUGGUGGGCCUGUUCUUCGCCUGCUGCCGCUGUUGCGGUAAUUGUGGGGGCCGCAUGUACCAGGAACAGACCAAAUCAAUCAACUGCCGACGCAGAGGACUUUACUGGGCGUUGCUGGUCAUUACCAUCAUAACACUGGCAGGGAAUAUUUGCUUGUUUAGGAGCAACCAAUCCCUGGCCUUCAGUGUGCGGUACAGCAUGAUGCAGUCCGACAGCACUUUAGACAACCUGCAGACCUACCUCGCAGCUGUCCCACAGGAAGUUGACGUGGUGGUGGAUAAGAGCAUCCUGACUGUGGAUGAGGUUAGGAACAGACUGGAUGAUAUCGGUCACUUGCUUGGUGAAGACCUCAAAAAAGCCCUGGGGAGUUCCUUGAAUCCUGCUCUGGAUUCUGUCCGAAAUUUUUCCCAAGUGGUGAACCGUACGAUCCAGCUCCUGGGCCAGCUGAACUCCACUCAGCAGCAACUUCGUCCGGAGCUGGACGCGCUGGAGGCCAACCUGACUGCCACGAGAGACCGCAUCAGCAGAACCCUGAAGCUGCCGGACUGCCAGGGCUGCGAACCCAUGCAGCAGGACCUGGCCACGCUGACGCUGGACACCCGCUUCUCAAUCCCCCAGCUCAGCGAGCUCCAGUCCGCUGCAGAUGCAGUAGAGAAGGCUGAUCUGGGGUCUAGACUGAAGGAGGGAGAAGAGUUAUUGGACAGCCUUCCUGAGAGGGUGACAAAUAAGACUAAAGACACAGUGCAGAAGGUCAAACAGCAGCUUGCAGAAAUUGAUACACAGAUUUCCCAGCUGUCUAAAGACGUCCCGCUUGAUGCUCUGGCUGACGUGUCCACCAAACUCGAGGACGUGCGAGGAUACAUCCACAAAUAUUCACCUGAGGUGAAGAUGGCAGAAAGAAAUGGCUGGAUUGUGGGCCUGAUUCUGAGCUGCCUGGUUCUGCUGGUGGUGCUGUGCAAUGUCCUUGGCCUCCUGCUGGGCCCAAUAGGCUUGAAGCCCAAAGCGGACCCCACCCACAGAUCUAGCACUGCCCACUGUGGAGGAACCUUCCUAAUGGCGGGCGUGGGGUUCAGUUUCCUGUUCUCCUGGCUCUUUAUGAUCGUGGUGCUGGUGCUCUUCCUGCUUGGGGGGAACGCGUACACAGUGGUGUGUAAACCAUGGCACAAUCAGCAGCUCCUCCAGAUCCUCGAUACUCCAGGACUCAUACCAGGGUUCCAGCUCUCGGGGGCUCUGGGCCUGAAGACUAAUUUGACAAUCGCUGAAGUCUAUGAUGACUGCCGACAGAACAGUCCCCUGUGGACCACACUGAGCCUGGAGGAGAUUAUCAACCUGAACGACUUUCUCAAUGUGUCCAAGUACACGGCGGAGAUCCAGCAACUAUUCCAGCAGAAUGAAAUCACCCUGCCCGCCAUCACCCUCCUGAGCCCUGAAACCCAGGCACAGCUGCGGAGCUUCUCCAGCAGGGCCGGCAGCAUGGACUUCAGCCACGCCAAGCAGCAGCUUAACAACAUCACCAGGACAAAUCUGAACUCCACUGCUGACAAAUUGGAUAGUUUUGCUGCAAACCAGAGCAGCACCACUGUACGGGGGCAGCUGCAGCAAGAAGCUGCUGAGAUCCGGAGCAUCCAGGGCCAGUUUGAGCGCUCCGUCCUGCCUAGAGUGAGGGAUCUCAACACUACUGUCCUGCUUCUCGAAGCCAAAGCCUCAGAAGUGAAUAAAACUGUGGGUGUUGUGCUGAGUACAGUAAAUGCUGCCCAGGACUUCUUGGACAGAAAUUCUUCACAAGUUGUGAAAUCGGUAACGCAAGCGUUCCUGGAUUGCCAGAUAGGAUACAUCACAGCAUUUGCUGACUGGGCAAAUAAAACGAUCACAGGGCAGCUGGGGCGCUGUGGGCCGCUGGCAGGGGCUGUAGACGCUGCGGAGGUGAUGGUCUGCUCAUACCUGGCCGAGUCUUUGAACGCCUUCUGGUUCAGUCUGGGCUGGUGCAUGAUCUUUCUCAUCCCCAGCAUCAUCCUUUCCGUCAAACUGGCCAAAUUCUACAGGAGAAUGACGUACACGGAUGCUUUUGAGAACCACAUACUGAUGAACCACAUCCCACAAGCGUCCAUGAAGCCGUACUGAGAGGCAGGGGAAGGAGUAUUCUACGAGCCCCCUCACAACUCGCUCAUUCGUUCAUAUAUCACUAUUCAUGAAGCCUGAAGGACGGAGGACUUCCCCUGACACGUAGACUGCGCAGGCGUGUUAAACGGGCAAUGGCAGGGAAACUGCGAUGCCCAAGGCCCUGAGGAAAGCGUUCAGGUCACGUUCGAGUUUGUGAAUGUGCGAGUGCUGUCAGAUGAGGCCUACCUUAGCCUUUGAAAGGUUCUGGCUGGUCGUUGCAGUCACACAUUUCAUUUAUUUUGUGUACAGUGAGAACAUUAAAAAAAGUAUUUUUUUACUAUUGUUAAAUGUGCUCUCUAACUUGAUUUGUUAUUAUCCUAAAUUAUUUGCUUUGAUGAUUCUGAGAAAAUGUUUGUACCAUUGCUUUCAAUUAAUGAGUAUUUUUAACUAGUCUUUUUCAAAGGUCCGUCAUACACAUAAUGUAUAUAUGGUAAUUUUAGACAGCUGUGCCAAAUUUGUAAUAAAAAUACAACUGCGUUAUUUUCCAUGCUUUUUGAAACCAACUUUUAUCUCUUAUUUGGAAUUUCCCUGUAUCUUCAAGGAUACAAGCAAGUUUCACAUAGGAGAUAAAGGACAUUACAGAAACUGUGUGUCCAAACUCACCUUCAGCAGCUAAGGAAAUUGCUGACCCUAACUUGACGCAUUUGCUGUCUUCUGUCCGUCAGGGAUGGUCAGAGGUGAGGAUUAACUCAGGGCUGUAUUUUCGCUCCAAUAUUUGGAGCACAAUUCCCUUUGAUGUUUUUAUUUUAUUGAAAGAAAGUGUUAAAUUUACUGCCUUUUUAAACACGUGACAGGUGAAAUAUUGUAAUUGACAUUAAUUGUGUUCGCUCUGGUUGAGAAAAGAGGCAUAGGCCCACUCGCCUGCAGGAUAUGCUGUGUGUUUCUUGCGUGCGUGUGCAUGUUACUGCCUAGCAACAGUUUGGCAGGAUCCAUGUGCCUUACAACAGUCAAACAGAAAUUAGGCUAGUUGCAGUAUGCUUAGCCAUUGGCAUGUGGUUAGCUAGUUGCAGUCAUACCAAUGGGAAGGGGGUAUGCAAGAAAACACAGCAAAUAAUGUAAGCACGAUCCUGUGCUCUGUUCUGACACGGAAUGGAUGGACAUUUUUCUACAUAGUCUCCCCAUUUUGCGGGAACAAAAGUAAUUGGACAAUGGGCUGCUCGGCUGUUUCUUGGCCAGCUGUGUGUUGUUGCUUCAUUAGUUCAUGCAAAAAGGUCUAUAGUUGAUACUAAGUGUGGAAUUUAUGUUUCAAGUCUAUUGUCUCUCAGCAUGAGGACCAAAGGAGAGUCACUGCCAGUACAAUAGGCCACCAUGGGGUGGAGAAAUAGGAAUAAAUAGUCAUAGCCAAAACAUUGGAUGUGUCAAAAUCAAUUCUGUAACUUGAUAACUUUUUUCAUAAAAUAAAUGAAAUAAUGAUUUU